AUGCCCGAGAAGAUGAGUAUGGAAAAGGUGGAUGUUCUUCAUGCUCUUGGUGCUGUGAUUGUUCGGACUCCGACCAACGCAAGAUUUGAUUCUCCAGAAUCCCAUGUUGGCAUUGCUUGGAGGUUAAAGAAUAAAAUUCCAAAUUCCCAUAUCUUGGUUCAGUACCAGAAUGCCAGUAACCCCCUCGCUCAUUAUGACAGCACCGCAGAAGAAAUCCUAGAACAGUGUGAAGGGCAGUUGGACUUGCUGGUUGCCGGAACAGGUGGAACCAUUACCAGAUUGGCAUGCAAACUAAAAGAGAAGUGUCCAGGCUGCAAGAUGGCUGCUGUGGAUCCUGAAGGUUCUAUACUGUCUGAACCAGAAGAGCUCAACCAGACCGAUAAGACUUUAUGCCAACCGUUCUGGAUCGAUCUGUUGUUGACAUGUGGUAUAAGACCAACGAUCAGGAACCUUUUUCCAUGUCACGUGCCCUGAUCAGAGAAGAGGGGCUUCUGUGUGGGGGCAGCUUGGGCAGUGCCAUGUAUGUAGCUGUGUCAGCGGCUAAAGAGCUGAAGGAAGGCCAGAGAUGUGUUGUGAUUCUCCCCGACUCUGUGCGGAACUACAUGUCUAAGUUCCUUAGUGAUAAGUGGAUGACACAAAAGCAUUUCCUUAAUGUGAAAGAUUUGGAUGGAAGAAAACCUUGGUGGUGGAAUGUGAAGGUGUCACCAGAAUAUCCAGCUCUUGCGAGAGAAGGGUUAUGAUCAGGUGCCUAUUGUAUCUGAAGCUGGGCUGGUCCUUGGGAUGGUCACUUUGGGUAACAUACUGGCCUUCCUUUUGGCUGGAAAGGUAAAGCCAUCAGAUUCUGUCACCAAAGUCAUCUACAAGCAGUUUAAACAGGUCCAUCUUAUGGAUAACCUGGGGAAACUCUCCCGAAUCCUGGAGACUGAUCACUUUGCACUUGUGGUU